AUGACUCCAAUAUAUUCCACUGGGGCUAAGGAACAGCCUCUGACAAUUUCCCAAUGGCGUGAAUUACAAAAGAAUGUUUCCGAGCCAACUCACAUUUUGUCGCUGCUCGAGAGAGCGCAACCAAACACAUCAAAUGCAUGGAUUUCAUUGGCAACGCCUGAGCAAAUCACUGCCCAAUGGGAAAUGAUCACAGCGCUUCGAUCACAGGCCAAAGAUCUUCCACUGUACGGCGUGCCAUUCGCCGCUAAGGAUAAUAUUGACGCCGCUGGGUUCUGCACAACGGCCGCAUGCCCGUCAUUUGGUACUGAGUCUGUUGCACAUGAUUCAACAGUUGUGAAACUGCUGAAGUCUCAUGGAGCCAUUAUUAUUGGCAAGACUAACCUUGACCAGUUUGCCACCGGUCUUGUCGGAACGCGUUCACCGUAUGGAGCCGUUGCCAAUUCUUUCGAUCCAAAUCGAGUCAGCGGCGGGAGCAGCUCGGGGAGUAGCGUGGUUGUCGCCCAGGGACUGGUUCCUUUCUCUCUUGGCACAGACACAGCAGGCUCAGGUCGGAUACCGGCAGGGUUCAAUAACAUUGUUGGACUCAAACCUACACGCGGGGCUUUGAGUGCACAGGGCGUGAUACCAGCCUGCCGCUCGCUCGAUUGUGUUUCUAUCUUCGCCCUGACUCUUGAAGAUGCUGAACUGGUCCUACAACUGGCUGAGGGGUAUGAUGUUCAGGAUGCAUACUCGAGAGAUCGUACCAGCUGUGCUACUGACAAGUCUCCUCGAGGAUCUUUGCCUCCCCAGCCGACACUGGCUAUAUGCUCCAGCCCCGAAUGGUUCGGCCAGACCGAGCAAGCUGCGGCAUAUCAAGUGGCAUUGGCAAAAGCCCAACAGAUGGGAUGGAACCUAGAGCCCGUUGAUUUUACACCCCUCUUCUCUCUUGCCAGUCUUCUGUAUGAAGGUCCGUGGGUUGCUGAGCGACAUGCCGCUAUCGAGAAGUUCAUCCGCUUAGUGCCAGCCGAGGCCAUGGACCCGGUUGUUCGGAGUAUCAUCAUGAAAGCAGAACAAUUCUCCGCUACGGAUUUCUUCGAGUGCGAGUACCGCCGGCAAGGACUGUCCAGUGAUAUCGAACAGAUCUUCAGCCAGUACGACGCGCUGCUAGUGCCAACAGCUCCCACAUUCCCGUCGAUGAAAGAUCUCAAGGAUGAGCCGGUCGCAGCAAACAGUCAAUUGGGUAUAUAUACCAACUUCGUGAAUUUUCUGGAUUGGUCUGCUUUGGCAAUUCCUGCUGGAUGGAGAGAAGACAAUCUUCCCUUUGGCAUCACGCUGAUAGGAGGGACAUGGGAAGAGCCGCGAUUGCUAGAGCUCGCUCGGCGCUGGAUGUCUGAUUCCCCGCGCUUGCUGGGAGCGACAGGUGUAAAAUAUCGAGAGCUUUGCUCUAGAAUUUCUGUCACCUUGAAUUCGAUACAUUUAGCGGUAGUUGGUGCCCAUCUUUCCGGCUUCCCUCUGAAUAAGGAUCUGGUCUCGCGGGGUGCAACCUUGGUCAAAGCUACAACCACAGCUCCGUGUUAUCAGCUAUUUGCACUAAAUUCGACAGGCUCCGUAUCAAAACCAGGGUUGAAAAGGGUUGCUGACGGUGGAGAGUCAAUUGAAGUGGAGGUUUGGAACAUGCCACUCGACAAGAUGGGCAGCUUUCUCAGCACUGUUUCAGCGCCCUUGGGCAUCGGAUCAGUUGAGCUGCGAGAUGGUCGCUGGGUUCACGGGUUCAUCUGUGAGCCUGUGGGCUUCGAGAAUGCAAAAGAUGUCACCAGUUUUGGCGGAUGGCGAGGAUACACCCAGUCGCUCACCACUUCUACCACCGAAUCGUCGCGCGCUGCAUCUACUACGCCUGAAACCAGCAUUAGUGAGGAACGUAUCAGGACGGUUCUGGUUGCAAACCGUGGUGAAAUUGCACUGCGCAUCACUCGGACCCUGCGCGAGAUGAAGAUCUUGUCCGUGGCUAUCUUCUCAGGUGCCGAUGCUCGUGCACCACACGUUACCGCUGCGGAUGUUGCACUUCCCCUGGUCGGAAACACUGUAUCUGAAACAUACCUGAACGGCAAGCAGAUCUUGGCUAUGGCUCUCAAAGCUAAUGUCGAUGCCAUUAUUCCUGGGUAUGGUUUCCUCUCGGAGAAUGCCGACUUUGCCGCUUCUGUCGAGGCUGCAGGUCUGGUAUGGAUUGGUCCAACUCCGGAGCAAAUGCAUGAUUUGGGCUUGAAGCACUGUGCUCGUGAUAUCGCAGUCGCUGCCGGAAUUCCUGUUGUUCCCGGAAGCAAGGGCUUAGUCACCAGUGUGGAAGAUGCAGUGGUAGAAGCAGAGAAAAUAGGCUAUCCAGUGAUGGUAAAAAGCACCGCUGGUGGGGGUGGAAUCGGUCUUCAGCGGUGUGCUGAUAUUGAUGCACUUCGAGAGGCAUUUGAUGGUGUUCGUCGACUGGGACAGGCAAACUUUGGUGAUGAUGGGGGUUUCAUCGAGCAUUUCAUCGAUCGAGCACGGCAUAUCGAGGUCCAGGUGCUUGGUGACGGCGCUGGUCGAGUCAUUUGUGCUGGUGAGCGCGAUUGUUCGCUGCAGCGUCGAAACCAGAAGGUCGUCGAAGAAUCUCCUGCCAGUUUUGUCCCAAUAAAUGUCCGAGCUGACAUGCGCCGCGCUGCUGGUUCUUUGACUGCAUCCCUACAGUACCGCAAUGUUGGUACCGUUGAAUUCAUCUUCGACAUCGAUACUGAGAGAUUUUACUUUCUUGAGAUGAACACACGUCUCCAGGUCGAGCACCCAGUGACCGAGGCCGUAACCGGCCUUGAUCUUGUCGAAUGUAUGAUGCAAAUUGCCAUGAAUAAUUGCACCGCUCUGUUCCCUGAGCGGAUGAAUGAGAUUCCAGUCUGUGGUGCAGCGAUUGAAGCUCGGGUCUAUGCCGAAAGUCCCAUUCAAGGGUUUCGACCUUCGCCCGGAAAGCUUCUGAACGUAGAGUUUCCAACUGGUGUCCGCAUUGACACGUGGGUCAGUUCAGGCCAGGAGCUAUCCUCAUCUUUUGAUCCGAUGAUUGCAAAAAUCAUCGCAUACGGCGAAGACCGUCCAGCAGCCCUUCAGAAGCUUUCAGAUGCUCUGGCAAAGACAGUUAUUACUGGCGUGGAAACCAACCUGAGAUAUCUACAGCAAGUCAUUGCUUGGGAGUCGUUCACCUCUGGGGCCUUCACGACAGGAUCGCUCAAUACCUUCCCGUAUGAAGCUCAAGUCGUCGAGAUCAUUGAUGCUGGGUCCGACACGACUGUACAGGACUUUCCUGGCCGUCAAGGCCUUUGGCAUAUUGGUGUGCCGCCCUCUGGCCCAAUGGACUCCUAUUCUUUUCGUCUCGCCAACAAAAUAGUCGGUAAUAAUGACCAGGCUGCGGGGCUCGAGUGCUCGAUCCAAGGCCCAACUCUGCUCUUCCACUCCCCAGCCAUCUUUGCUGUUGUCGGUACUAAUGCCCCUAUAUUUGUUGAUGAUGAACAAAAGGAGUCUGGCAUGGCUAUCAGAAUUGAAGCUGGAAAAAGACUGUCCAUUGGCACAGCCAUCAACGGCUCCCGAGUUUAUCUUGCCAUUCGAGGCGGUGUUCAGGUUCCUGAAGUCCUAGGCAGCCGUUCGACCUUUGCGAUCGGUCACCUCGGAGGACACCAUGGACGCAGCCUUCGCAUUGGUGAUCUUCUCCCAUUAGCACAUGUCACAGAAGAGAAAAUUCCAUUGCUCAAGGUCCCAGUCUACUCUCUGCCAAUAAUUGAGAACCGAGAAUGGGUCGUUGGUGCGAUCCCUGGGCCACACGGUAGUCCGACUCAUUUUACCCAGGAUGGACUUCAGGAGCUUUUCAAAGGCGAAUGGACUGUUCACUACAACAGCAAUCGGCUUGGGGUCCGUCUAAGCGGGCCCCGUCCAGAGUGGGCACGGAAAACCGGCGGUGAUGCUGGCUUGCAUCCCUCCAACAUUCACGAUAGCCCUUAUUCAAUAGGGAAUGUGAGCUUUACGGGCGAUGAAGCAGUUGUCUUGACUGCAGAUGGACCAAGUCUGGGAGGGUUUGUCGCGUUUGCCACAGUCGCAGACGCCGAGAUGUGGAAGUUUGGUCAGAUGCGACCAGGCGAUCACCUUAGGUUCCACCCUAUUUCUCUUGUCGAUGCGCAGGUGCUUACAAGGGAUCUGGAGCAUUCUAUCGCUACUCUCAGCCCGCUGGCCAAUGGAGAUAUGAGACGAACAAGCUCUGUCUCUGUCCCCAGUUCAAUUGUGAAGGAAAUAUCCGAAGCUGGCCGCUUCAUUCGAUGCUGCCAGGCAGGUGAUCGAGCAUUACUGCUAGAGUUCGGUGACGAAGAUAACUUCACACUAAGACAAACAUUUCACAUCAUGAGCUUCAUCGAUAUGCAUCGGAUUUCUCCGAUUCCAGGCGUUGAAGAGCUCACAUCCGGGGUCCGAAGCCUGCAUGUUCGCAUGAAAGCGAACUUCUCACUACCUCAAGUCCUUGAUGCGCUGGUCGCACACGAGGUUUCUCUUGGAUCAGAGCUUCUCGCCCGACUACCUUCGCGCAUCGUGCAUAUGCCUCUCGUCUUUAAUGAUGAAAGGAGCCGCAAAGCCAUUGUCCGCUAUACUUCAACUAUUCGCUCCUCGGCACCGUAUCUACCCAGCAAUAUUGAGUUCCUACAGAAGUUGAACGGAUUUGAUAGCCCCGAUCGGGUGGAAAGCAAUCUCUACGAAGGCAGGUUCCUCGUAUUGGGCCUUGGCGAUGUGUACCAGGGGUCUCCCUGUGCGGUACCACUUGAUCCCCGCCAUCGACUAUUCGGAACGAAGUACAACCCAUCCCGUUCCUUCACCCCUCGAGGCGCCGUCGGUAUUGCUGGCCAAUAUCUAUGCGUGUAUGCAACCGAUUCACCUGGCGGGUAUCAGCUCGUCGGUCGUACUGUUCCCAUCUGGGAUGAGUUCCACAAACCCGGACUGGCCGACAAGGUCCCGUGGACUUUCUCACUCCUAGAUCAGAUUCGGUUUUAUCCUGUUACUGAGGAAGAACUCUCAGCAGCAGAAGCCGACGGAACCUCCAAUGAUCUUAUAAAAAUCUCUGACAGUGAGCUAGACCUCAAUGAAUACGAGAAGUGGCUGGCAGAGAAUGAGGAAGAUAUCACUGCUGUUAGGGAGCAACGAUCAAAGGCAGUACACGAAGCGGACUUUCUCAACGAUUUGCUCCGCCCAUAUGAUCCGAUCGCAAUGAGGCUAAAUCGGGGACAAGAAAGCGACGAAGUGAUAACAGGAGCACGGGUGAAGGCAUUCUUGCCUGGGAGAUUGUUCUGUUGCGCUGUGGAAGAGGGAGACGAGGUUCAAGCAGGGGACCCUCUGGUUUGGAUCGAGUCCAACAAAAUGGAGGUCAAAAUUUGUGCACCAGUUAGUGGGAAAUGUGUGAGACUGCUGGCCGGAGAGGGAGACAUCCUUGGGCCCAGUGACGAUAUUGCUAUUAUUCAAUAG